AUGUUUCUCUUCAUACUGUCACUUUUGCCAGUCGCAGCUAGCGCGGCCAGCGACAUUAGAUUUUGGGGCCACAAACAGAAAGUGGUGCCGGCUCAGCAUCGUCUUGGCAAUCGAUAUUACAUAGAAGUCGACAACAUUGGCAACGAUCCAAUCUUCAAACCUAUCGCUAUACACAUUGAUGGAUCUGGUGUGGCUUUCGGAGACUUCAAAGAAAGCAGUGACUGUGUUAUCUUUGGCACUACCAGAACAAUACUGACAAAAUGCAAACAUCAGUUCUUCCUUUUGUCGGCGAAUCACCAAUACUAUGAAAGACGGAUGUUGUACGAAGCAAUGAGGGAAAAGGCCUGUGAUUACUUCAAAGUUCGCCAUUAUGUAUUGGUUCUCAUCAAGGCAAAUGUAGAGGAUCCGAAAUCCGAGAAAUACGCAGGCACCUAUUCAACAAAAUCAGAUUCUGUAUAUUACACUGACAAAAAUGGUGAAAGGAAAUCUUUCAAGCGCGUAUUACCACAAAUCAAGAAGCAAGAACUCAGCAAAGCCAUGUUUGAAGUGCUGUGCGUUGGGAAAUACAGCGAAUGAUUCAUUUUGUCAUAGCAAUAAAUGUUAGUUCUU